GCAACGGACGUGCAGGAAGCGAGGCAGCAGCGGCAGGAGCAGGAAGGAAGGAGCAGCUAUUGGUUGUUCCACGGUACCCGGCCGGCUUUGGCUAUCCCGCUCGAGGGUGUCUCGGUAGUUGUUGUUGACCAUGGCUGCUGCGGAGCAGAGCUGUUGCGGAGCUUGCAUUGCGAACUGUCGAUCGAGUCUGGCCGAUCGUGUCUGAGGGAGAUGGGUGGGUGUAUAUCACUGCAGAGUGAACGUCAGAAUUUUCUGGGUCGUGUGGUUGCUGUCAUGUCCCAGUGGGUUGAGGAUGGACGAGGAAAUUUGGGAGACGAGCGUUUAAAUUUGGUGCUGUGGCUGACAGUGGACUAGGAGUGGACGAGCCGGGUGCGUGUCAGAAGAUUAUGGGGGCACAAACCAACAUUACGCAAGGGUUGGGUGAAGGUGAUUACGUCGUGGACGCAGGUCGCGGCCCAAACAUACAGGGUGCAAUUGCGACAAAAAUGGUCGGUUCGACUGACGACGAUACUGAGCAUUCGCCGAGGGUUUCAUCAUCGGACGCCGCUGAUAGCAGCGAUGCAAAGGCUCCCGACGUGAACAUUAGUGUGUUGGACCAUCAAGACAAGGAUGAAGUCAUGGUGGAUGCCCAGGGGGGAGGGGGAGAGGUAUCGCCGAGCGUAGAAGCACAUCAUGGUGUCUUGAACGGAAAUGCCCCCACGGUCAUGGUAGCAUCGAAAUUGGGUGAAGCGCAAGUAUUAGACGUUCAGGCUAGGAAAGACUCUGGUGGGCUUAGCGACAGUGUUGUGUCGAACGGUUUGGUUCAUGACACAGAUCGGUUGGUGAAAAACGGCGGGUCUCGGAAGAGGAAGCCCAAGACUAUCCACUACAUGAAUUCUAGGGUACCUCAUUCCGUUCCUACAUUGGAGAGCGAAGAGGGCUCCGAUGGUCAAGAGAGUCAUGAGGAAGGAGACACUGGUCCCGUGCGCCCAAGCCAAGCCCCGCGUGCAGCUGCCACUAAGCUGAAGUCGAUGGUCCCAAUUGGAGACAAGUUACUGAAGGCUCCAAGGAACGCGAAGGAGCUCAUGGCCACCAGACUCAUGGAGGGCCAUUUUGUGCGAUGCUCAUGCCGAGGCAUACAACUUACGGGAAUGUUGAAAGACAUGGGUGUGCGGUGCGACUGCCGGAAUUGCAAGAGUUCUGUGAUCGUUUCUAUUUCAGCAUUUGAAGCACAUUCAGGAAGUACUUCUCAUCAUCCAAGCGACAACAUUUAUCUUGAGAACGGGAAGAAUCUUCGGGACAUACUUAGCGCCGGUCAAGAAGCUGCAGAUUGUGGGGACAACAUACUUAGAGCUUUGAAGAUGGCUAUAGGGGACAUUCAGGGCGUUGAAAAGUGGAAGGUUACAUGCGCAAAGUGUUGGAAUUCAGAUGAGGGUGACCUAAUCUAUUGCAAGGGAGCAAGAUGCUCUAUAAUAGCACAUUCCAGAUGUAUUGGAAUUUCGAACCCACGGCUUGGGGACUGGUUUUGUGACAAGUGUGAAAAAAUGAAGAAACCUCAUGCUACAGUGAAAGUAAAGCGGUCCAUUUCCAGUGGAACGGAGAAGGAUGACGGCAGAGUGAGGGAGAAGGAUGCAACAGAGUCGACCAGAUUGAACCGAGAUGCGCAUUUACAUAAGGCUCUUUUCUUGCCUGGUGGAUUGGAAGACGGAACAGAACUUGGCUAUUACACGAAAUCCCAGCUGAAACUGAAAGGUGUGAAGCGUGGUGAAGGUAUAAGCUGCAGUUGCUGUGACAAAGAGAUAAAUUGUUACAAGUUUGAACAACAUGCUGGCUGCGAGGCUCGCCGAAAUCCGUACGGAAAUAUCUUGUUGGUGGCGGAUGGUCGUUCUCUGAAAGACGUUUGCAAGGAGCUGGCACAUAAGAACAAGCUGGGUGAGAAAGAAAAACGUGUUGCACGUGCCGGAAAGGUCAACUCCUGCUAUGAAUGUGGCACUAGAGGGGAACUGAAGAACUGCCACGGUUGUGUAGAAACAUGGUGUAACAGUUGUACCAAAGGAUUGGAGACAGAUUCCGAUGGCAAGUGGUACUGCCGAAUGUGCCGACAGGACACUCUCAACGUGGCACAGAUUGAACAAAAACGUUCUAAUAAGCACAUAGAGGGAAUGUCUAACAUUGCAGAAACCGAUGAGCGAGAUCGUUGCGUACGCCAUUUAGAAGGGCAUCGAGAAGUUGGGGGUUGCGCAAUCUGCAAGAAAUGGAAUCUGAGCAAGACAGGUUUCGUUGAUGGCAUGACGAUUCUAGUUUGUGAUCAGUGUGGACGAGAAUAUCAUGUUAGCUGCCUUAAAGAUUCAGGCGUGGACGACCUUAAUGAGCUGCCAGAGGGAGAAUGGUUCUGUCAGAAGGAUUGCAAGGUAAUAGAUGAAAUCUUGACACAGUUAGUAGCCAACGGGCCAGAGUUGCUAACAGACAGCAUAAUAAGUGAAUUGCUAGAGAGUCGGCAGCAGCAAACCGGUGCGAAGGAUAAAGCUGAGUCCAGUUGCCCGAGUUUUGCAUGGCAAAUUCUUUGUGGCAAAAGUGGCAACACCGCUAAUACUCAGACUCUUGCCGAAGCUAUAAAUAUUUUUACAGAGUGCUCGGAUCCAAUCAGGGAUGCGAAAACUGGGAAGAAUUUGAUUCCUCUCAUGGUUCAGAGUCGAAGGUCAAAAGACCACGAUUUUGAAGGUGUUUUUUGCAUCGUUCUCAAGCUCAACGAGAAGGUGGUUUCAGCAGCUCUGCUGCAAAUUUUUGGUGGAGAAAUCGCGGAAGUUCCUUUGGUUGCAACUAGCCUUACACACCAGGGCCAGGGUUUCUGUAAAGCACUUAUGACAACAAUUGAAAGACUUCUUGGGGUGCUAAGUGUGGAGCGGUUGGUGCUCCCCACGGCCAAGAAUACAGAAUCUAUUUGGAUCAACAAGUUUGGCUUCAGUCGGGUUCCAGACGACGAGCUGAAAAAAAUUUGUACAACUAUACGUUUGAUGACAUUUACGGGCACGUGUAUGCUGGGGAAGGCGAUCACUCCAAUGACUGUGUAGGGAGCGAUGGGCAAGAAUGCUCAUUGCAGAACAAAGACGGACAUUAUUCUUGAAGUCUCCCAAGCAUCCAUUUUCUGUACAGAAAGAGGUUGUAUCAAAGACAUAAGAUUCGUGAUGGUUGUGUUUGUGCACACCCUGUAGGGCUCUUUCUUAAGGUGCACUUUCACAGGACUGCAGCCUCCCCCAGUUUUGGGUACAUUGAUGAGGAGAUUUUUCUGGGUCUUUACAUGGAUAGUUAGAAAAUACUUUCACACGGAUGGUACUUGCUUCUGGCUCAAAUGCAACGCGUGUCUAAAUGGUCUGUAAAGAGCUCAUUUUUCCUUCAAGUGUGCAAAUUGUCUGGACUUGCUGAUAGUCCCACGUCCAGUUAGGCUUCUCAACUGAAUCCUUCUUCAAGGACUCAUUUUCUGUGACGCCAAAUACAGAUGACUGGAUACAUUUUGGGACUACGACCAAUCAAUUUGUUUCUUUCCAGCAUUAUGUACCUGACGAAUGUAGUUUCAUGUUCACUUCA